AUAAUCCUCCACGUCGCGGCAGCGUUGUUGUCGAUGACUGUGUCCGGGCCGUGUGCUCGUCUACUUCCUGUCGAUAUUUCAUAAACUCGGGACGUAGAAAAGGAAAGAUGCUGUCCCUGUCUCGUGCUGUAGUGUGCGGGGUGGCACGAGCCCCAGCUGCUGUCAGUCAAGGCGGAGUGACUGCUAUUACCCGAUUUAACAGCACAGCACAGAGUGCUCCCAAGAAAACAACGUAUGGACCGCUGGCAGAUGAGGACAGAAUUUUCACAAACCUUUAUGGUCGUCACGACUGGAGGCUGAAGGGGGCUUUGAAGCGUGGUGACUGGUACAAAACUAAGGAGAUCCUUCUAAAGGGAGUUGACUGGAUCCUCAAUGAGAUCAAGGUUUCUGGGCUGCGUGGGAGAGGCGGAGCUGGUUUCCCUACUGGCAUGAAGUGGAGCUUCAUGAACAAGCCUAGCGAUGGCAGGCCAAAGUAUCUGGUGGUGAAUGCAGAUGAGGGUGAGCCUGGCACCUGUAAGGACAGGGAGAUCAUGAGGAACGACCCUCACAAGCUGGUGGAGGGCUGUCUGGUGGCUGGGAAGGCCAUGGGGGCGCGUGCUGCUUAUAUCUAUAUCAGAGGAGAGUUUUACAACGAAUCAUCCAACCUGCAGGUUGCUAUCAAUGAAGCCUACGCUGCUGGCCUGAUUGGAAAGGACGCCUGUGGCUCUGGUUAUGACUUUGAUGUGUUUGUGAUGCGUGGCGCUGGAGCAUACAUCUGUGGAGAGGAGACCGCUCUUAUUGAGUCCCUGGAGGGAAAGCAAGGGAAGCCCCGCCUGAAGCCCCCAUUUCCUGCUGACGUUGGUGUGUUUGGUUGCCCGACAACUGUUGCCAAUGUGGAGACGGUAUCCGUGGCACCCACCAUCUGUCGCCGUGGAGGCUCAUGGUUUCUGGGAUUUGGCAGAGAGAGGAACUCUGGCACAAAGCUCUUCAAUAUCUCUGGCCAUGUUAACCACCCCUGCACUGUGGAGGAGGAGAUGUCUAUCCCUCUGAAAGAGCUCAUCGAGAGGCAUGCAGGUGGAGUUCGUGGUGGGUGGGACAACCUGCUGGCUGUAAUCCCCGGUGGCUCCUCAACACCCCUCAUUCCCAAGAAUGUGUGUGAAGAGGUGCUGAUGGACUUUGACGGCCUCAUUCAAGCUCAGACUGGACUGGGCACAGCUGCUCUUAUUGUCAUGGACAAAUCGACUGAUAUUAUCAGAGCCAUUGCACGCCUGAUUGAGUUCUACAAACAUGAGAGCUGUGGCCAGUGCACACCAUGCAGAGAAGGAGUGGACUGGAUGAACAACAUGAUGUGGCGUUUUGUGCGUGGUGACGCACGGCCAGCAGAGAUCGACAUGAUUUGGGAGCUCAGUAAGCAAAUUGAGGGACACACUAUCUGUGCCCUGGGAGAUGGUGCGGCAUGGCCAGUGCAGGGAUUGAUCAGGCACUUCAGGCCUGUGAUGGAAAGCCGAAUUGCUGAAUACCAGCAGCAGCAGCAGGCCAGGGCUUAAAUGGUUCCUUGAACUCCUUGAACUACUUCUUCUGCCUCAUAUGCCCUUAACCCCAUGCCUGUGUCACUGACAAAUUAUUUAAAAAGAUAUGUGCCGUCUUAUCACCUCAUCAUCAAGUUUUACAUUGAUAUCUGCCUUGUCUGAUUUACCAAUAAAGUUCUAUGAACCUUAAA